CUUCUGACUUGAGUUGCCUUUGAGCAGGCAUAUAAUCAUCAUCUGUGGAACUCAGACCUGUCUGGACGCUGACUGACGAUACGGUCACUCAGGUCGUUAAUUGUUGCUACGUACUAACAACUGGUAGCAUAGAUGGAGCAACUGCGCACGCUAUUACAAGACAAUGACCCGGGAGGCGGGGAGGCGGGCUUGCCGCUCGGCGUCUUGUUCAGCCGCUGCCAGGUGGUGUAUGCACAGCAGGACCAGCUCGUGGUGUCGCGGGAUCCAGAUCUAAUUGACUCGGCGCUGGCGCUGCUGGCGCGCACUCAGUCGGCAGUGGAGUCGGCAGGCAUCUUCAGCUCCAACGAGGACGCCGACGACCUGGCGACGGCGGAUGUUAAGUUCCUGCUUGUGCCGUUUUACAUCGGCAGCCUACUAUCGGCGGCGCCCGUCACCCCGGGCGCGAGCGGCAGCGCGGCAGUGGCCCGGCUGUCGGCGGUGCACAGAGCGCUGCCGGCCCUUGGGACCUUCCUACACAGGUGUGAGCAGUACGACAUGCUGGGUGUGCUGGGCCGCAACGCGAUGGAUGCGGCGGCCAGCGGCGCGGCGCCCGACCCCGCGGCCAAGCGCACCUUCAAGGUCGAGAAGUUUAAGCGGGAAAAGGCGCUGAGCGCGGCGUUGGCGGGGCUGGAGGCGCGGCGGGCGGCGGCGGCGGCGCAGGAGCGCGAGGACGAGGCGGCGGCAGCUGGCACCGCUCCGGGCAUCACGCGGGGCGGCGCCGACGGCGCAGCCGUGGCAGGGCCCGCCGCAGCGGCGGCGGCCGCUGGCGGCGCGGCGGGCACGGGGCCCGGUAGCGCGGUGGCGGCGGCGGCGUCACGAGGGGCGGGCGGCGGCGGCGCGCUGGAUGAGGAGGACGAGCGGCAGCUGUGGAAGUGGCGUGUGGAGCUGUGUGUGCUGCAGGCGCUGGACACGCAGACCUCCCUCAAGCAGGAGGACGAGAUGCUGCAGCACGUGGCGGCGCGGGAGGCGGCGGCGGGGCCGUCCGGCUCGGGCCGGCCGGGCGGCAGCGCCAGCAGCGCCAAUGGGCCCAGCGAGGCGGAGCGGGUGAUGCUGAUGGAGAAGCUGCGGGGCAUUUGCAGGGACCUGGACGGCGGGCGGCGGGCGCAGAUGGCACGGGACGUGUUCAAGCCCAGCCACAUCCUGCCCACGCUCACGGUGGAGGAGGCGGGCGAGAUCGAGGGCCGCGAGGCAAUGGAGCGGGAGGCGCGGCAGGCCAAGGCGGAGGCCAAGGAGGCGGCGCGCCGGGCCGCACUCGACUCUGACGAGGAGGACGAGGAGGACAAGGUCAAGGCACGUGCCUGGGACGACUACCGGGACGCCAACCCGCGCGGGGCUGGCAACAGCAAGCUGCGGCCAUGCGGGUGAUGCCAUGAUGUGAGUCAGCCGCUGGCAGCGUGGUGGCGGCGUGGUGGCGGCGUGGUGGUGGAGAGGGGCUGGAUGAGGGGCUGGAAAGGGGCUAGAGUGAGGCGGGCUGGACUGAGGCGGGUUGGACUUGAGGCCAGCCGCGUGGGGCGAACCGCUUGCGGUGUUCAGAGCGGGAGAGGACGGAAACAGCGCGCUGCCAUUGCAGGCAUGUGCCGCUGAGGUUUUGGCGCUCUGCCGUUGUAUUCCUAUCUAGAGCUGGUCACGCACAAAGCGGAAUGACGCACAUGGAUCACGACACAAAGCAUGGCCAGAUACCCCACAUGCGUGCGGAUGGUACAAUGCAAACAAUGGGCGAAAGAGUACAUCAGGAAGUCCGAGUGAGACCACCAGUUUCACCGGUUUUGGCGCUGUGCGGUACUCGCGGUUGCGGCGGCUGGUGAGCUGGUCAAGGUGUGUGUUGGUCUGGCUGCGGGCUGCAGCGCACACGGGCUGGCAGCGGGCGCGGCGGGCUGGCAGGGCCGCGGGCGGCCGCGAGGGUCGCGAAGUCGCUGGUGCUGUGGGCAUAUGCCGCAGUGUGCUAUGCCGUGUUGGCUGUAAACAUGGAAUGCAACAGGACCGCUGGAGGCGCCCGGAAGAUGGUAAUGUGGCUGUUUCCAUGCAUUGCGUCGUGUUACAAUUUGAGGGCGGCACUAGGGCGCAAAAGUCGCGUCCAAACAGACACCGGCGCCAGCCCGACCUCUCCCGCGCGGGAGCGCGUUGAUCCCGACCCGGCCGGCAUCACGCCCUGGCGCUGCAACUGGGGGGCCAUGCACGAUUGGCCACAGUCCUGGUCCCCAUCGUGGUGUGACCAGGGAUGGGAGGAAAAGCCGCGGUGGUAUGGUGCGCUGUUGGCGCUGCCCUGUGGUGCACUGCAUUGUGUUCAGGAGUUAGAUCCAGCGCCUGGCCUUCCACUGCUGCUUUGACUCGGGGCCGAUGCUUGUAUGAUGGGGAGCUGGGGGCCGUGCUGUAUAGUUAGGCUGCUGCAUGCCGGUUGCGAACGGUUGAGGGUGCUUGACGUGUGCGAGUGCGGGGAUGCUGACAUGUCUGCGACGGUGAUAUCACUCCACCGGCGGUGCACCCGACCACGCCAAUUUGUGUGUAGUUAUAUACAUUGGUUGUGCGCUAUAUGCAGCGGCCCGCACCAGAGAGCAUUACCGUGGCGUGGCCUGACAGGCAGUCGCAGCUUGGUGGUCGGCACGCGUGUCAACCACCCUAUUGCACAACCCAUGCGGCAUGGAGACCGCACCCUGGCUGCGAUGUACUUGCACAUACAGGCUCUCUAUAGUAAUAGGCAGGACUGCCAAGAAGCGUUUGUAUAUCGGUGACGCUGGCGGGCACUCCAUUUUAGCAUGUCGCGGGGCAUGCCUGGACAAAGUUACCCUUGCAGU